CACGUUUGUUUAGUAAAUCGAUCUGAUGCUUGGGCUGAGGCUGCUGCCCUGUCGCCAUUGAGCAAAGUUAAUUCUCCCUCUGCACGCACACACACAAACACACGCACACUCCUCCGCCUCUUCCCCGCUACAGCGCGCGGUAAAGACGGUGUCGGCCGCACCGAGCGAGGCACGCAGCCCAGCGCCGGGACCCAGCGGGGGGUGCGGGGAGGCGGCCGGCCCGGGGGAUGCCGCCGCCCUGAGCCGCGAGCGCGCCGCGGGGGCCGAGGGACGGCGCGGCCCCGCCGACAGUUCAGGAGAACCUCUCAACAUGAAUGCUACUGACAGCGGGAUCAGCAGUCUCUGUGCAAUAUGUGGAGACCGAGCAACUGGAAAACAUUAUGGUGCUUCCAGCUGUGAUGGAUGCAAAGGAUUCUUUAGACGCAGUAUACGGAAAAAUCAUGUUUAUACAUGCAGAUUCAACCGGCAAUGUGUUGUUGACAAGGACAAAAGGAAUCAGUGCAGAUACUGUCGUUUAAAAAAAUGUUUUCGAGCAGGAAUGAAAAAAGAAGCUGUACAAAAUGAACGGGACAGGAUAAGUACAAGAAGAAAUACUUUUGAUGGCUGCAACAUUCCCUCUAUUAGCACACUGUCACAAGCUGAGACACUUUCCCGUCAGAUCUCAGUCUCCAGUCCUGGUGCAAGCACUGACAUAAAUGCUAAGAAAAUUGCUGGUAUUAGUGAUGUCUGUGAAUCAAUGAAGCAACAACUUUUGGUCCUGGUGGAAUGGGCUAAAUAUAUUCCUGGCUUCUGUGAAUUACCACUGGAUGACCAGGUUGCACUGCUAAGAGCACAUGCUGGAGAACACCUGUUGCUUGGAGCAGCAAAACGGUCCAUGGCAUAUAAGGACAUUUUACUUUUAGGUAACAACUACAUAAUCCAUCGCAACAGUACUGAAGUGGAGAUCAGCCGAGUGGCAAAUCGAAUCCUAGAUGAACUAGUUCGACCCUUCCAGGAAAUUCAGAUAGAUGACAAUGAGUACGCUUGCUUGAAAGCGAUUGUGUUUUUUGAUCCAGAUGCAAAAGGCCUGAGUAAUCCAAUGAAGAUUAAGAACAUGAGGUACCAAGUCCAAAUCAGUUUAGAGGAUUAUAUCAAUGACCGUCAAUACGACUCCCGAGGAAGAUUUGGAGAGCUUUUGCUUUUACUGCCUACACUCCAGAGUAUCACUUGGCAAAUGAUUGAGCAAAUACAACUGGUUAAACUAUUUGGAAUUGUUAAAAUUGACAGUUUGCUUCAGGAAAUGUUACUGGGCGGUACUUCUAAUGAUGCCAGUCAUUUACAUCAUCCAGUACAUCCUCACUUAGCCCAAGAUCCAUUAACCGGCCAAACUAUCCUCAUAAGUUCAAUGUCUGCUCCUGUACAUGCAGAACAGAUUUCAACACCAGAAACUCCAUUACCUUCCCCUCCUCAAGGCUCUGGACAAGAAUACAAAAUGUCUUCAAAUCAGGCUUCAGUAAUUGCACAGCAGUCUAUUUUGAAACAAAAAUCAUUGUGAUAAUAUUUCUCUCUUGUUCUUCCUACCUUCCUUAUUCCCCCCAUUCUUUCCCUGCACUUCUCCCUUCUUCCAUUCCUCCUUCCUUUUUAUGCACUAGAUAAUUUGGUAGGAAACUUGCACAUUUAUAAUCUCAGGAUGAUAAAGGAGAUUAUUUCCUCAGCAGCCACUACUGUGGGUGUUUCUUAACCUUUUUGAUUUGGAAAGUAAUAUUCACUGUUCUGACUGCUAUGCAGAGCUGUAACUGUGGAUACUGCAGUCUGAUAAAAAUGUAUAAACGUUGAUACUAUUUUUAGAUCUCUUAACUGCACAGAUUCAUUUUUUAUUUUCUGUUUUGGUUGUCAUCUUAAUAUUAUUGUUUUAGUUGUGUACAUAACUUUUUUUUCCAUUGUAACUGAACUGGUUAGGGCUUGUUUAGCUGUGAAUUGUAGACACGAAAAAGCGGGUUAGUCAAACCAAAGCCAAGACUCCACAAACAAAGCACAUGUACUACAUAAAAAGGAGGAAAUACUGAAUGGAUUGAAAUAUUCAAUACAUUGUAAAGAAUACUGAUUUGAAAGAAGCAUCUCUUUCAAGUUAAAUUUCAACAAAAGAGUUGAAUCCUCCCUGCUUACCAGUUUGUAUGAAUCAGAGGAAGGGCUUGCCAUGUGCAAAGAUGUUUGAGAACUUUUUGAAAUCUACAUACACAGUAAUGUCUAUAUUACUCAACAAGACAGUGCCUAGGCAUGGAUGCAGACACCAGAAUGCUACUAUUAUAUUACUAAAGAGUUAGAAAGGUGUCUGGAUUUUUUGUUGGUCAGGGCUAUUACUCUCCCAGAAAAUUUCUCGGGAUAUUUUGGGAAUUAGGCCUGUCUAGGGACACUUUUCACUACGCACUUUCAAUAUUGCCAUCUUUCUUUACAGAGAAUAACUGUAGGAACAUGGCCAGGCCAUGUUAGUUGACCUCAAGACUGGAGUAUAUAGACUUUGUACUGUCUGACUUACUAAUGUAAAUGUAGCCAUUGUGUUAUUUGUCUCACUAGCUGGUGAAUGCAUCGGCAAUCACUCUAAACUUUACCUACAGAAUAAUUGUAUCAGGGCUGCUCUGAAAGUAAUGCCUCCUACUUUAUUAUGUUGGCCCACAACAUCAGAGGUGGAUAUUGGUGGUAUGGCAGUGGAGAUUAAACCUUACCACCAGUAUUCCAUUACAUGUUGUUGCC